AUGGACAUCACGCCCGACUUUGAUGAGCUGCUGAAGCAGCGAGGUGCCCCCACCACGACGACCAAGCAGGUGUCGCUGGAUAGGGUGGACGGGUUUCUCAAGGAGGCACUGCGGAUCAACUCGCAUAUCACCAGACUUCAUCAGAGUCUCCGAAACGUACGGCGCGCAUACCUAGCACGGGCGCAACCGCGCAAGGGCCAUGUCCACCCGUCGACAGACGGCCAGCCACAACUGGUGGUCCUCUCCGACCGAGACCGGGAGGCCGUCGAUCGCGACGCCAAGGACAUGAUGCGUGAGCUGAACUGGAGCAUCGAAGCGCUUGACGGGGCCGAGAAGGUGCGGCACGAGACGGAGACCAAGGCCAUCCAGAAGAAGUACGGUAGCAGCCUGGGCGCCCUGGGCUCGUGGGCUGCGGGCGCGAGCGGCGCCCUCACGGGGGGCAAGUCGCCAGAAUACCUGGCUGCCGAGGAGCAGGCCAACGGCGUCAAGACGCACCGCGACGGCGUGCUCUGGUACCUCCGGCAGCAGCUGCAGAUGUGCGGGCAGACGCAGAAGGCCAUGAUGGAGGCCAGGCUGACGCGGGAGAUUGAGAUGAACCGCAGUCUCGGGUCGCAGGCAGCUCUCAACAUGGCUGAUUUUGCGGACUUUGCCCCGCCGGCGCCCAGCAAGUCGACAGCAGCAGCAGCGGCGGCGGAGGCGCAGGAUCCGCAGACGCCAUCGUACCGCAGCAGUGAUGACCAGGGCCUGAGUCGAGAGCAGAUACAGAUGUUUGAGGAGGGGAAUCAGGAUAUGAUGAAGUAUUUCGAAAGCAUGAACGAAUCAGUCCAGACGGCACAGAGGUCUCUCGCCGAGAUCAGCGACCUCCAGUCAACCCUCAUCGUCCAUCUCGCUACGCAGACGGAGCAGAUUGACGUGCUGGUGGCGGAGUCGCACUCGACGACGGAGAAUGUCGAGGGCGGGAACAGGCAGCUCAAGAAGGCGACCAGCAGACCGAGCGCGGCAAGGCUGACGUUUUACGCGACGAGCGGACUGUGUGCGUUUCUGGUGGCAUGGGAUCUACUCUUCUAG